UAUCUUUUUUUCUAGAGGACAAUGGGUUGCUUUUCUAACGUCUGAGGGCCAUCACAGGGCCAUCACAGGGCCAUCACAGGGCCAUCCCAGGGCCAUCUCCAACAUUGUGCUCAUGUUCAGGUGUAUCUAAAGAUCUGAGGAGCAAAAGUUUUGAUCUUGUUGGACUUUGUGAAAACUUUAGUCAGAGAUUUGAUGUGCUAGAAUUUCGACGUGGUAUAGCUUUGUAAAAACUUUUGGCAGAGAUUUGAUGUGCUAGAAUUUUGACGUGGUAUAGCUUUGUAAAAACUUUUGUCAGAGAUUUGAUGAGAAUUUUGACGAGGUAUAGCCUUGUAAAAACUUUUGGCAGAGAUUUGAUGUGCUAGAAUUUUGACGUGGUAUAGCCUUGUAAAAACUUUUGUCAGAUAUUUGAUGAGAAUUUUGAUGUGGUAUAGCCUUGUAAAACUUUUGGCAGAGAUUUGAUGAGCACAAGUUUUAAUGUGAUAUAGCUUUGUGAAAACUUUUGGACAAGAAAUUAGAUCAGAAGGAAAACAUCUUGAAGAAAAGAAAACUAAAAUCGUGACUUGACACUGUUGUACACGUUAGAGACUGAUAUUAAUUGCUCAUCUGUAAGCCAGAGAUUCAGAUAUUUGAAGAUCGUCGACCGAGAUUUGACGAAUUUGGUCACAACAUUUAAAAACAUGUCGGACGAAAUUUCAAAAGAUGAACCGGAGAAAAUGUCCAGCACAAACUCCCCGGACACGUCCGUCACACAGGACAUGUCCGUCAUGCAGGACAUUUUUGAAAACGACGAGAUAGAUGAGGAGGACUACGUGGACCGGUGGAGGGAUGACCUUGACCUCAGGGCAAGGCAGGUCUUCACCGUCGGGCUGGGAUAUGGCUUGUCUGUUGAAGAAAGGAACAACCUGACCACAAGACCAGCCCAGAUUUAUGCAGACGACAGACGGACCAGCAAGUUUUUAACCCACCAGCUGUCACUGAGAGGAAAGCUGCGCAGGUUUUUCAUCAGGAACCCGAGUACCCGGCUGGGCUGCACGUUUUUUGACCUGAUCGUCCGGCUGAUGAUGUGUGUGGUGUAUGUGGCUAGAACUUGUACGGACUCUGUGGCAGAGUAUGAGUGCUACGGCUCCCCCUGCGGCCUGGUGACGGUGUCCAAUGAAACAGUCUCCGAGAAGGAUCAGCUGUUUGAGCAGCAUGAGAUCAACUGGUAUGUGUUGCUGUGGGUCAAUCGCAGUAUGCCAAUUUGGAUCGUUGAGGUUUCCUUGGCUUUUGUUUGUCUUUCCAAGGCAUUGCUGUUGGUCAUCAUUGCUAGGAAGGGUCACAGGAUGGAGGAGUUGAGAACCUCGACUUUUCUAUUGGAGCUGGUCUGCGCCCUGCCGAUCUUGAUCACUCUGUGUCAGCCAUUUUUGUUGAAGGAUUUGUUUGUCCCCGUGUACCUCAACUGUUGGCUGGUUGCUAGAUCACUGAAGAAAAUCUACAACGACCUCCACCUGACGAAGAAAAAGUUCCAGACCAUCUCUGUGACACUGCUGCAGCAGAUGAUCAUCCUGUUUGUCAGCAUCGCCUGCUUGUUGUUCACCACGGUCUGCACCAUCCAACACAUCCAGCGGGGCAGCCCAGAGCUCCAGCUCGACCUCUUCCAGUCGCUCUACUUCGUCGUGGUCACCUUCUCCACUGUAGGAUAUGGCGACUAUUCGCCGGACACCUGGCUCGGUCGUCUCUUCAUGAUACUCGCCAUAGCUCUGGCCUUCGCUACGCUGCCCAGUCAGAUCCAAGGACUGAUCUCUACCUACCUGGAGCGUGCCAAUGCUGGGGGUGAGUACAGUCAGAGGUCAAACAAUCACGUGAUCGUCUGCAGCACGGCGCUAACGCAGGACAGUUUGAUGGACUUCCUCAACGAAUUUUACGCCAACCCGAAACUUGAGGACCGGUCAGUGAUACUUCUGUGCCCGAAAGAACUGGACAGCAGGAAGCAGGUGGUCCUGAAGGACCCGAAAUGGUCCCGACGGGUCCUGUACAUCAAGGGCUCAGCCCUGAAGGACACUGACCUCAUGCGGUGCCGCGCUCAGGACGCGUACGCCUGUUUUUUUCUGGCCACUCGUCCUACCCUGGACAAGCUGCAGGCGGACCGUCACACCAUCAUGAGGUCCUGGGCUGUCAAGGACUUUGCCCCCAGCUGCAAGCAGUACGUCUACCUGUUCCACGCUGCCAACAAGAUUCACCUCAAGUUUGCCGAUCACGUGGUGUGUGAGGACGAGUUCAGCUACGCCCUGCUGGCCAACAACUGCCUGUACCCCGGGCUGUCCACCCUCGUCUCUCUCCUGGUCCACUCCCAAACACAGCAACAAAACCUCUCGUCAUGUGACCAGUGGCAGCAAGUCUACGGCGCGCAUGCGCAGAACGAGAUCUACCACAUCCAGCUUCACAAGAGCGUCUUCUUUGGGCGGUACGAGGGGGAGGCCUUCCCCAGGGCCUCGGCUGAUGCACAUAGCAGGUUCGGGGUAGCCUUGUUGGCUGUUAUGGAUACAGAGUCAGCUCAUCCCAGACUACAACUUAAUCCUGGCCCACACUACAGGCUAAAGGGUUCUGACGUGUGCUUCUACGUGAGUGUGACAAGGGAAGAGUACUCUAAAAUUCCUGCAGAUUCUGCCAAGAGUUCUCUCUAUUCAAACACAGGUCAACCAUCACAGAGAAACACCACCAAAGCUGAGACAUCACUCGCUGAACCUAAACACGACCCAGGAGUCUUGACCACACUCUCUGAUCUCCUGAGCACCAUACCCUGCCCCACCAACAAUGCCAAUAGACUCGUCCGAGGCGACGAUGAUGUCCUAUUGAACAACCUCGAGUUCACGCCCAAAUCGGCCAUCAAUAGGGGUGACAGCAUGAGGAACUCGACCAAAUACGACCGAUCAACCAGCAGCGGUAGCUCUGCUCCCCUGUUGGAUAAUGGGAGCGGCAGGGAGGGGAGUGGGGAGGGGAGUGGAGAAGGGAGUGGGGAGGGGAGUGAGGAGGGGAGUGGAGAUGGAAGUAGGGAGGCUGACGAGGACUGCCUGUCGCAGGUUCACAGUGACACCACGCAGGUGGAGCAGACGACAUCAACUGAAGAAGAAAACUAUGGACGAGAAAAUGGACACAUUUUACAGAACAGUUGUGACGUUGAAGGUCAGAGACUGACCACUGGACCACCGCCCAUCACGAUGUCGUCUGGUUUUGGUCGGACAUUGUGUCACGUGACAACAGCACCAAGACAGCGCUGUUGUCUGGAGUGGGGAAAGAGCUGUGAGCACUGCCCCUACAAGAACGCCAACGAGGACAGAUGGAGGAACCAGCUGAUCAUCCUGAUGGCAGAGCAGGCAAGCAGCGGCAUCCUCAACUUCGUCGUCCCCCUCCGGUCCUCGUACAUAGGCGUACACAACAUCAGCCCAAUUGUCUUGCUAUUGGAGACACAACCAGACGACCUGUUCCUGGACACGAUUGCCAGAUUUCCACUCGUCUACUUCAUGAUCGGCACCAUCUGGAGCGUGGACGACCUGCUGCUGGCAGGAAUCAACCAAGCGAGUCACCUGGUGGUCACCAACCGUCGCCCAGACUCCAACUACGACGGCGAGGAGUUCAUGGAGGACUCGGAGACCAUUGUAGCUGUGCAGACGAUCAAAAGGGUGUUCCCCAAUGUGUCGGUUCUCACAGAACUCAGCCAGACUUCCAACAUGAGAUUCAUGAAGUUCUCAGCACACAGAGGCGACCAGAGGCUGCAGAAGUGUGGCUACCACGCCCACUCCAGCAUGGGUGAGAUCUUCCGCCAGUCGUUUGCUUCCGGUCACGUGUUUUCAGCCAGCAUGUUAGACACGCUGCUGUACCAGACGUUCACCAAAGGCUACAUCAUCAGUUUCGUCAGGCUGUUGCUGGGGGUGGACGGACAGGCUGGUUCCGGUCACGUGUCCAGCAUCCGCAUCAAGAAAUCAACUCUCAAGAACUUCCGCUGCUAUGGCAACCUCUAUGACGUUCUCAGCGCCACGACAGGGGAAAUCCCCUUUGCUAUAUAUAGAACAGAGUCCCCACCGUCGGCUAACCAAGGAAAACAAAAAACACAAUCAACGGCAGUGCACAAAAAUACAACCAAGAAUCCACCCUCUUCCUUACAGAAUCCACCCUCUUCCUUACAGAAUCCACCCUCUUCGUUACAGAAUCCACCCUCUUCGUUACAGAAUCCAUCCUCUUCGUUACAGAAUCCAUCCUCUUCGUUACAGAAUCCACCCUCUUCGUUACAGAAUCCAUCCUCUUCGUUACAUAAUCCACCCUCUUCGUUACAGAAUCCACCUUCUUCGUUACAGAAUCCACCCUCUUCGUUACAGAAUCCACCCUCUUCGUUACAGAAUCCACCCUCUUCCUUACAGAAUCCACCCUCUUCGUUACAGAAUCCACCCUCUUCCUUACAGAAUCCACCUUCUUCGUUACAGAAUCCACCUUCUUCGUUACAGAAUCCACCCUCUUCGUUACAGAAUCCACCCUCUUUCUUACAGAAUCCACCCUCUUCCUUACAGAAUCCAUCCUCUUCGUUACAGAAUCCACCCUCUUCGUUACAGAAUCCACCCUCUUCCUUACAGAAUCCACCCUCUUCGUUACAGAAUCCAUCCUCUUCGUUACAGAAUCCACCCUCUUCGUUACAGAAUCCAUCCUCUUCGUUACAGAAUCCACCCUCUUCAAUCCACCCUCUUCAAUCCAUCCUCUUCGUUACAUAA